AUGGCGUCUCCCACGAUCAAGCUCAACAGCGGAUAUGACAUGCCCCAGGUGGGCUUUGGCCUCUGGAAGGUCGACAACGCCGUGUGCGCGGAUACCGUGUACAACGCCAUCAAGGCCGGAUACCGUCUGUUUGACGGUGCUUGUGACUAUGGCAACGAAAAGGAGUGCGGCGAGGGCGUCGCCCGCGCCAUCAAGGACGGCCUCGUGAAGCGCGAGGACCUCUUCAUCGUGUCCAAGCUGUGGCAGACGUUCCACGACGAGGACAAGGUCGAGCCCAUCACGCGCCGCCAGCUGGCCGACUGGCAGAUCGACUACUUCGACCUCUUCCUCAUCCACUUCCCCGCCGCCCUCGAGUACGUCGACCCCAGCGUGCGCUACCCGCCCGGCUGGUUCUACGACGGCAAGAGCGAGGUCCGCUGGAGCAAGACGACGCUGCAGCAGACCUGGGGCGCCAUGGAGAAGCUCGUCGACAAGGGGCUCGCCCGCAGCAUCGGCGUGUCCAACUACCAGGCCCAGUCCGUCUACGACGCGCUCAUCUACGCCCGCAUCAAGCCCGCCACGCUCCAGAUCGAGCACCACCCGUACCUCCAGCAGCCCGACCUCGUCAGCCUCGCCCAGACCGAGGGCAUCGUCGUCACCGCCUACUCCUCCUUUGGCCCUACGGGCUUCAUGGAGCUCGACAUGCCGCGCGCCAAGAGCGUCGCGCCCCUCAUGGACAGCCCCGUCAUCAAGGCCGUCGCCGACAAGCACAAGCGCACGCCCGCCCAGGUCCUGCUGCGGUGGGCCACGCAGCGCGGCAUCGCCGUCAUCCCCAAGACGUCUCGCCCCGAGGUCAUGGCCCAGAACCUCGACUCGACCAGCUUCGACCUCGACAGCGAGGACCUGGCCAAGAUUGCCGACAUGGACUUGAACAUUCGGUUCAACAAGCCCACCAACUACUUCUCUGCCAACAAGCUCUACCUCUUUGGCUAA